GGAAGUUGAGCAGACAGUGAAGGAUUAUUUUGAUGAUGCUGCGUUCGAAAGAUUCAAAGAAUCUGGAGGGAAGGUGAUUGGUCCGUUCACUGUGAAGAAGGGUUACUCAAAUCAACAGUACGAGUUGUUCCGUUACAUUUUCUCUAGCGCCAAUGAUCCGAGUGAAGUGUUAGCCCAUUUUGGGAAGGUUGAGGUCGAGCGGAGGUAUUUCAAAUGCAUGAAACCGGAGACCGAUAUAUCAAACAGUGUCAUUGAUUGCUUUGCUCAAAUCAUGAAUUUUCGAGAGAAGAAGCGCAACGGCAUUGGAAGAAAGAGAACUUGGUUUAUGCCCACCAGAAUUUCGAGCAAGUUACUUGGAAGAACGAUGACUGUGGAGAGGAUGGCGAAGGAGCAAGAGUGGUCCACUCUUUAUUACGAUGCAGAUUUGAGUUUAUGUCACACUGUAAUUUGCAUUUUCUUGAAACUUUUGUGUUGAAUCAAAUGUGUGUAGUUCAAUUUUCCAAUGACGUUGUUUGUUUUACUUUGUCGCAUAUGGUGGUACCCCUACUGGAUACCGAGAGUGCUCCGCACUGGUUUGCGGCGAAUGUGAGCAUGGUUAAUACAACGGUGGAAAUUAGGGACUCGUUGUCUUCUGCAAUGCAUAAGAGGUCACGUCGGAGCACCUGCGUAGAGAUGCUCCAGACUUUGGACCAAUUGUUUGCCCCUGUCAAGCCAGGAGACCUGAAUUUCAGCGAGUUUGUAAUUAUUUCUUCAAGCAAGGACUACCCACAACAACAAAAUGGCCACGAUUGUGGAAUGUUUGUAAUGAAGUACAUGGAAUCACUGUUCGAGGAAAAUGAAAUAUUGGAAGAGUUUGAUCCUAUUGAAGCCAGACUGGAUUGUGUUGGGAAAAUUGUCACCCACGAGAGUAACAAGGCUAAACAUGCUGUGAUGGAGGGAGUUAAGAAGCAAUUUGGAUUGAGCAAAACCAAAGUUCUUCCAUCAACAUCUACAACUAUACCAUUACGUAGUCCAUCAAGGUCUCCUCGAGACCCCCGAUUCAGCACAGCGAAGGCCAGGUCCGAAAACAUGUGGACUGGCAAGAGCAAGUCCCCGAAAACACGUCAUUCUAAAAGGCUGGCCAUAAGUAACAAGUAGUAUAUUACAAUGGUUACAAAAGUUACUUUAUUUAUAUAUUUACUAUGUUCAGUACAAUGGUUACAAAAGUUAGGGUUUAGGUCGUAAAUUAUAUUUAGUGAGUCAUGUUAUAUACUUGCAUCAUACUACUGUUAGGUGAUUUGGAAUUGCACUAAUGUUGGUGAUUUUAUAAUUUACUAUAGGGUAAGACUUGUGGUAGUUUUUAGAAUUUGGUGGAACUGAUUAUUAUUACUGUAUGGUCAUUAUUACUAUUAUUGUGAAUAUUAUUUCGGUUGUUAUAUUUUGCCAUUACUAUUAGGUUUUGGAUUUUUUUUUACCAUAACAAUAUGUGAAGUACAUUAUUCUGAAAAUGAAACUAACCAAUUUUACAUUCUUUUUCGCACUAUCUGUUUUAGUCCAAUGAUGUCCAUAGCCAAAAUAAUAAAAAUACUUAUACUUAUGUACUUUCCCAUUAUUAUUGUGAAUAUUAUUACUGUUGUUAUAUUUUGCCAGUACUGUUAGGUUUUGGAUAGUGAAGUACAUUAUUUUGAAAAUGAAAUUGACCAAUUUUACUCCAAUUAUGUCCAAAAUAAUAAAAAUACCUACACUUAUGUACUUUCCCAUUACAGAGAUGAAGGCAUUAAUUCUGGCCUUGGACAUAAAUUUGGAUCAAAAAGAGUAAGUACAGUACAAUAAUGAGAAAUAAUAACUCUGUCACACAAUUUCCUUUGUAACAAUUUUACCACUUCUAAAUAAUGUAAUUAAAGGCUAUAAAAAAAAAAACUGUUUUUCAAAAAUGCAGUGUAUUGAACAUCAAGCUUUACAACAAUUAUAUGGAUACCUCCAACAUAUUAAAAAUUAUAAACAAUGGUACCAAUCUAUUCAACAUUAAACACAUAGUUAAAGUACAGUACAGUAAUGAGACAUAAUAACUCUGGCGUUCACACAAUUUCACCAUUUCUAAAUAAUGCAAUUAAAAGCUAUCAAAAUAAAUAAAGGUUACUGUUUUUCAAAAAUGCAAUGUAUUGAACAUCAACGUUUGAAAAUGGUAGCAAUCUAUUAAACAUUGAACUCAUA